AUGCCGUUUCACUGGCUUCCUAAUUUGCGUAAUUGUUGUUAUUGUAUUACAAAUCUGAGAACUGCGACGAUCGUCAUUGCUGUUCUUGGCAUAGUAACGAGUCCCGCCGUGUCGUGGUCUGUUGUUCGACAUGCUUAUGUCAUUCGAGUCUCGUGCUACGUAUCCACAAACGAAAGUAAGCCUGACGUCAUCGAUAUUAAUUUAAACAAUAUGCUUAGUUUUGGUUUUGGAGCAAAUGCAGGUCUGGGACCGUCAUGUUUGUAUAAAUCUUCAGUAGAGAACUUAUCUUCUAUAACUACAUUUAAACUUGAUGACCGCGUCAGUACCAACCACGGUGUUCUCAAAAUUAUUAUGUAUAUUGGCUGGGUGGUAUUGUUAGGAGACUUAAUAUUUGUAAUCUGUUGUAUAGUCUUCCUCUUCAAAUUGGCAAAAGGACGAGAAAUGACAUUCCUAAAAGCAUUAAUGUGGACCUGUAUUGUCGCAAUAACCCUUACAUUCAUAUACGGGUUGAUGUUUGUCGUAACAUGUUUAGUGACUGGCGGAAAAUUUCCCGUGUUCGAAUUCAUCUUCACAUUAUUCGACUUGGGCAUUUGGAUCUACUUUUUAAUAGUAGUUAAUUCCUACAGAAGAUCGGGUAUGCGGACAAAUGAGAAUGCCACUACGUAUAAUUAUGAACAUCCAAGCCAAUUUUUAACGAUACUGCACUAGACGUCGCUGCUGGGGCAUGUAAUUGGCAUUGUGCACUACACAAAAAGAGUACCUACAAGUUUUGUUAAAAAAAUAUCUCUCAUUUUUUAUUUGCUCGACAAGUGGAUGGUGAUCUUCGUCAUCAGCGAUAAAUGGAACAACAAAGUGUAAAACAAAUACCUGUACAUUGUUAAUCUCAAAACCGUAUUCACCAAAUAUGAAUUUUUGAGAUCAAACAAUAUUACUUACAUAAACUGA